AUGAGUGAUCAAACUCCUCUUCUUAAAGAAAUGAAGAUGACUGGAGCUACUGGAACAGAAACAGAAGAACCAGAGGAACCAGCUCUCAGGAUGGUUCUUCUUGGGAAAACUGGAGUUGGAAAGAGUGCAACAGGAAACACAAUCUUAAGAAAAAAAGUAUUUAAAUCUUUGUCCUCAUCUUCAUCAGUGACACUGGAAAAUAAGAAAAAAUCAGGAGAUUUUGAAGGCCAACCUCUGAAAGUGGUAGAUACUCCUGGUUUCUUCAACACUCAACUAGAGCCACUAAAGGUGACGACUGAGAUCACUAAAUGCAUUUCGCUGUCUGAUCCGGGUCCUCACGUGUUCCUAGUGGUGAUCGAGCCAAACAAUUUUACACGACAAGAUGAAGAAACAGUCAGAAUUAUCCGCAAUCUUUUAGGAGAAGAAUCAGUCCGUUAUAGCAUGGUGCUGUUCACUCAUGGAGACGACCUGGAGGAUGAAGACUGCUCCGUUGACGACCUUAUUGAAAACAAUGACACACUCCAUGACAUUAUACGUCAGUGUGGAGGAGGAUAUCAUGUCUUCAACAACAAAAACAAGGAUCUAUCUCAGGUCAGAGAGCUGCUGGAGAAGAUCAACAGGAUGGUUCACAACAAUGGAGGACACCACUAUACCAAAGAGAUGCUGGCAGAAGCUCAGAGAAUUAAAGAAAAUGAACUCCGGAUUGUUCUAGUCGGGAAAACUGGAGCUGGGAAGAGUGCAUCAGGAAAUACUAUAAUAGGAGAGGAAAUAUUUAAAUCUAGUAUUAGCGCCCCAGGAGUUUUAACAGAGUGUCAAAAAGAAACCCUAGAGUUUAAUGGUCAAAUGUUGAGUGUGGUUGAUACUCCAGGUCUAUUUGAUACUUCUCAGAAUCAAGAGCAGGUGAAAAAAGAAAUCCUCAAAUGCAUGUCACUUGUUGCUCCUGGUCCUCAUGUUUUCCUGGUGGUGAUCCAGCCAAACAGAUUCACAGAGGAAGAACAAAAAGCAGUGAAAAGCAUUCAGGAAAUUUUUGGAGAAGGAUCAGAGAAUUACAGUAUGGUGCUGUUCACUCAUGGAGACGACCUGGAGUAUGAAGAUGUCUCCAUUGACGACCUUAUUGAAAACAAUGACACUCUCAAUGACAUCAUACAUCAGUUUGGAGGAGGAUAUCAUGUCUUCAACAACAGAAACCAGGAUCCAUCUCAGGCACAAGAGCUGCUGGAUAAAAUCAAGACGAUGGUUGAAAAUAAUGGAGGAAACUGCUACACCAAAGAGAUGAUGGAAGAAGGCCUGAGACUUAAAAGAGAACAACUCCGGAUUGUCCUAGUGGGGAAAACUGGAGCCGGGAAGAGUGCCUCAGGAAAUACCCUAUUAGGAGAAAAAAUAUUUAAGGCUGGUAUUAGCUUCUCAUCAGUUACAAAUGAGUGUCAAAAAGAAACACGAGUGAUAAGCAAUCAAAUGCUGAGUGUGGUUGAUACACCAGGUCUGUUUGAUACUUUUCAAAGUCUACAGCAGGUGAAGGAAGAAAUCGCGAAAUGCAUCUCAUUUGCUGCUCCUGGUCCUCAUGUGUUCCUGGUGGUGAUCCAGCCAAACAGAUUCACAGAAGAAGAACAAAAAAUGGUGGAAAUCAUCCAGGAGAUCUUUGGAAAGGACUCCAAAGAUUACAUUCUGGUGUUAUUCACUCAUGGAGAUGAUCUGGAGGAGGAAGAUGUCUCCACUGAAACAAUAAUCAAUGGAAACAAGGCCCUGAAGGAUUUCAUUGAUCAGUGUGGUAAAAGAUACCAUGUGUUCAACAAUAGAGCUAAAGGUCCAGCUCAGGUCACAGAGCUUCUCGAAAAGAUCAACAAUAUGGUUGAGAAAAAUGGAGGAGAGGAGAAAUAUUACACUAAUGAGAUGCUGAAAGCAGCAGAGGCAGCCAUAAAGGAAGAAACGAAAAAACUGCAGAAGGAAAAUCCAAACAUGAGUCCUGAUGAAGCAAGAAGAAAGGCUGAGAAAGACAACAGCUUCAUCCAUGGAGUUUUGGCCUCUGCUGGAAUCGUUCUAGGAACAACUGCUACUGGGAUUAUCACUGAAGUUGCUCUUACUGCUGCUGCUGGAGCUGCAUUUGGUCCUAUAGGAGUUGGUGUUGGGCUUGGUGUGGGCUUGGUGGGUGCAGUUACAGUGGCCGUAGUGAAGAAGAAAUUCUGUAAAGUUCAGUGAAUAUUUACGCUAUUGAGUCACCUGAAGGUUAUUUCAGGAAUAAAUGAAAUAACCUUUCUAUCAUUUAAUCAUGUUUGUUCAUAGACCUUCAGAGGAAUCAUCAUUUUCAAGGUGUUACAUGUUUAAUUCAUCAUAUCUAUGUAAUCAAUACUGCUUACUGUACAUGUGAUUUCUGGGGUGGGUAGAGCUGGUGGAUAGAAAACUGGUGAGAUACAUAUAAAACAAUAAAGACAAUUGAAGAUACAGUGAUUUAACUUACCACGUAUGAAAUGAAACCUUAGAUGUAUAACUGAAAUCUGUUUUGUUGUGUUGGAAGAAUAAAAAUUAAACAAAAAGAGAAAAAUUAAUGUAAUCAAUUACUUUGAAGGGGACGUUGGUCUUAACUUUGAUAAAUAUGUUUGAUUUAAAUGAUAUUUGCUUAAAAUAAAUAGUUUGUGAGUUCUGAAAUAAAAUC